AUCAUGAGCAACAACAAACGAAAAACUGAGGCAUUCCUAGCUGCAUCGAACCAUUGGGCCCAUAAAAAGAGACCUAAAGUUGAAUCUUCUGAGAAAACUCAACCAAGUGUUGAAAAGAAGAGCGAGAAAUGUGAUGUGAUUGAAAUUCUGUCUGAAGAAGAAGAAGAACAAGAAGAGGAACCAGUGGAGGAAGUUAACCAUCCGAAAUCUCCAAUUAGACUUCUCUACAAUCCAAGCUACCCUGACAAUGAGUUAUCACAAGUCAACAAAGAUGCUGUUCGAAUUGCAGACUUAAUUGGGUCAGAAGAGCUCAUGGAGACGUAUCAAUUCAAUUUCAGUGUUGACGUUCCGUUUUUCUUGGAAUUCCUUCAUCCUAGUUUCAAGAAAGAGAAAAAGAAAUUAGUACUUAUCACAGGAGGUCAUCAUUUAGAAGACCCUGAAGAUAGACCAAUAUUUGAAGGCUACAAUAUCCUGGAAAUAACCGCUGAUAUACCGAAUAGGUUUGGGACUCACCACACGAAAAUGAUGAUUAAUUUCUUUAAAGGUGACACUAUGGAGAUUGUGAUUAUGUCUAGUAAUAUCACAAGAUUGGAUUUUGGAGGAUUAACACAGAUGUUGUGGAGAUCGGGAAGAUUGCUGAAAAUCAAACCCAAAACGAUUCCAUUGGUUGGGAAGCGAUUUCAAAAAGAUCUCAUGAAUUAUUUGAAUAAAUAUAACAAGGUAGAGAUUACGCAAUUAUCAAAAAGAUUAAAACAAUAUGAUUUUCUGUCUGUUAAUGUUGAAUUAAUUGCCUCAGCUCCAGGAAGUUACAAUCUUAGAGAUGUUACAAAUGAAACUGAAAUUUACGGAUAUGGAAAACUACACCAAGCAUUGAAAAGAAACUCACUAUUAAUAGACAACAGUAUUAGCAAAUUGAAAUAUAACAUAAUUGCACAAGUGUCAGCUAUUUCGUAUCCGUUUGCAGUUGAAACAUUUCAAACAGCCGGUAUUUUCUCUCAUUUGCUUUGUCCAUUAGUGUUUUCGAAGAAAGAAGAGUUCAAACUACUUGAACCAGGUACAAACAGUUUCAGGCAACAUCAAAAGGACCACAACUACAACCCAAUUAUAAUAUUUCCAACUCCUGAGGAAGUCGCUGGUAGUAAUGUUGGAUUUCGUGCUGGAGGAGCCAUACAUUUCGACUACAAUAGGAGCUUUGUACAUAAGAACUACUACCAACAAUGUAUUAAACCGUAUUUACACAAAUGGAGUUCCAGAGAGACAAUUACGGGAAGGGAGAAAGUAAUGCCCCAUGUUAAAUUAUACAUGUGUGAUAAUGGUGAUAAUUGGUCAACUUUGAAGUGGGUAUACAUGGGAAGUCACAAUCUCUCCAAACAAGCCUGGGGUAGUAGAAGAGGGAAUAAAUUUCUCAGCCUGAAUCCUUCAAUAUAUGACAUAUCUAGUUACGAAUUAGGAGUAUUGGUUUAUCCAAAACCAGGGGAAACUCUUGUGCCGAAUUACCUAGGUGAUUCAAUACCAAAAUCCAAGAAUAUACCCAUAAGGUUGCCCUUCAAAUUACCACCUGUAAAGUACUUAUCAACCGAUUUACCAUGGAGUGGUCAUGUAAGCUAUGGAGGUUUAGCAGACAAGUAUGGGGAAACUUAUAAUCUUACAUAGCGAAUUAAAAUAUAGACUUUGGUUUAUUACCAAGUUGGGUAGGACCAAAACCAUCCUCCUCUACAAUAUUUGAACGCUUUCUUGGUGGUUCAUCUUCUGAAUCACUGUAGUCAGUAUCUGCAUCUGCAGAAUUCUGCUUUAAUGGUGUCUUGCUAUGCUUCAAAGGAGACGGCUCCUUUCCAUAAGUUAUAUACUCCUCAUCAUUGUUGCCACCGAAAUCUGAAUUUAGAUCACGUUCAGGAGUUCUCCAGCCACUUGGUAAACGUAUUGAGUGACGAAGGCUGCUUGUUGAUGGUAAUUUACUCACGGGUGUACGAAUCAGUGAAUUAUUCUUCAUUGGUGAAGCUGAUGUUGAUCUGCUAUUUGCGAUAUCUCGAUUCUCUAUUCUUUGUAUGAUGUGAGAUUGUAAUGACAUGCUCUGCCUCUUGGUUAUAUUGACAUUGACUUGUUUUGCCUCUAUGUCGGUUGCCUUAUCGUCGGAUGUAAUUUGAAUAUAUUGAAUGGAAACAUGAUUGCUAUUUUGUAGCUCAAAUAAAAUCGGAUCACCAGCAUUACGAAAGAACAUAUCAAAGUUAUCUGCUGAUGGUAGGGUCAUAUAGUUCUCAUCAAAUUGAUCCUUUUGCGAAUUGGAAGAUGUGAAGAAAUUAAUCAAAUUCAAGAAAUUUUUAAAAUCUCGUAAUCGGAAAUUGAUACAUUUCUUAAUAGGGUCAGUCCCGGUUGUGAUUAAGUUACUAUCAAUUAAAUCUUCUAAACUAAUAGUGACAGUUACUGCCAUGGGUUGUUUAAGAUAAUCUCUAUCCUUAAUGAUUUGCUUGGUAUAUCCACUAAACAGGAUUUUCCCAUUUUUAAUAUCUAUUUUGAAAUCUUCUGCUGAGGGAGGUACCAUUUCAAGAAAUUGCUUCGGUAUGAGUUGAUCUAUCACCAAGUGAUUAAUCCUAUUGGGACCAUCAAAGCUGUCAUGUGGUUGAUCAUAUAGUUGUUUCUUAUACAGUUGUACAAUAUGCAUAUUCCCACGUAGCACUGGCUGAUAACUCGUUUGAUAUUUCUUGAUAAUUAG